GGAAACGCAGCGCCUGUGAUGGCUGCGACGUGUUGGGAAAAGUCUGAUCAUCUCCACGCGGAAGAUCCUUUACGCGCCUUCUAAGUUUGUCCCCGCUGACCGCACGGAUUUUUUUAUUGGGUUAUUUAUAUGCUUUUUAUGGCUAAACAGCUGAGUUAUACCCAUGAAUGAGUUUGUGAGUUUUUCACAUUUUUUGAAACUCUAAUUCAAGAAGAGGAAACAUGGAUAGUGUUAUUUUUUCUUUUAUCCUAAUAUUUAUUAAAGAGACUCAGGCAUUGCAUUAUGGCAUCGCCAACAAUCUCCAGUCUUACAUGCCCAAUGUGUGUGUGGAGAGGGAGGUGACGCUGGUCGCCCAGAGGCAGCCGUGUGUGCAGGCCUUCACACGCAUGGUUAAAGUGUGGAAGCAAGGCUGCGUGGGACAGUCAUGGUGCAUGGGAUACGAGAGGAGGACAGCGUACUACACUGCAUACAGACAAGUGUACAGACAGGAUUAUCAGACUGUGUACAAGUGUUGCCCUGGAUGGUCUCAACUCAACGGAGAAGCUGGUUGUCUGUAUCCGGUGUGCAGCUACGGUGUGUGCUUCAAUGGGGGCCAGUGUCGGGAGGGAUCCACCCAGCUUUGUGACUGUCCUGCAGGAUUCAACGGGCCCAGCUGCCAGUAUGAUGUGAAUGAGUGUGAGGAGACCAAUGGAGGCUGCGAGGCUCUGUGCUGUAACACCAUUGGAAGUUUCUACUGCAGGUGUCCUCCUGGACUGAAACUGAAUGAAGAUGGCAAAACCUGUCAAGAUAUUGAUGAGUGCCAGGUCCAUAAUGGAGGCUGCCAGCACAGAUGUGUUAACACCAGGGGCUCCUACUACUGUGAAUGCCACCCGGGCUCUCGCUUGCACGUGGACGGCCGCACCUGCCUCGCUGUUCAUUCAUGUGCCAUCAGCAACGGAGGAUGUGAACAGUACUGUGUGCAGCAGUCUGCUGCUCAUUUCCGCUGUCGCUGCAAGCCAAAUUACGUGCUGGCAGAGGAUGGCAAGCACUGUAAACUGCAGAAUCCCUGCGCAGAUCAGAAUGGAGGCUGCAUGCACACGUGUCGGGCUGACGGCGGCAAAGCUCACUGCGACUGUAAAGCUGGUUACAUCCUGGCAGAGGACGGGAAAACCUGUGAAGAUAUUGAUGAGUGUGAGACAGAAGAGGCCAACUGCGCUCAUGGCUGCCACAACACACUGGGCUCUUAUGCGUGUGUGUGUAACACUGCCUAUGAGCUGGGAUCUGAUGGAAAACAGUGUUACAGAAUUGAGAUGGAAAUCGUGAACAGCUGCGAGAACAACAACGGCGGCUGUUCGCACCACUGCCAACAUUCAACCAGCGGGCCUGUUUGCUCCUGUAACCAUGGUUACAGACUGGACGACGACCUUAAAACCUGUGUUGACGUGGAUGAGUGUGGAGAGCAGAGCUCCUGCUGUGAGCAGGACUGCACCAACUACCCCGGAGGUUAUGAAUGCUACUGCUCAGCAGGAUACAGACUCAACUCAGACGGAUGUAGCUGUGACGAUGUAGAUGAGUGUCUGGCUACCAAUGGCGGCUGCGAUCACACAUGCCAAAACAGCGCAGGUUCCUUUCAGUGUUUCUGCCGUCGGGGUUUCCGUCUGGACGACGACCGGCAAUCCUGCAUCCCACUUGAAGAUGCAGUUGAAGCCCUGUCCAGCGGAGGUGCCAUCGAGUUGCCUCUCAUUCGCCCCCAGCUCACCUUGAUGCAGGACUACAGCCAACCCCUGGAGCGCUAUGAUGACUACGAAGACGACGAGGGUGAGCUGAGGGCCGAGAGUAACCUGGCAGAGAAAUUUGUGUGUUUGGAUGACACUUUUGGCAACGACUGCAGUUUGACGUGUGACGACUGUUCUAAUGGAGGAAAAUGUAAUCCAUGGAAAACUGGCUGCGACUGUCCUGACGGGUGGAUCGGCAUCGUCUGCAACCAGACAUGUUCUGAGGGAUACUUUGGGAAAAACUGCUCCUUCCCCUGUAAGUGUAAAAAUGGUGCCAGCUGUGAUCCCGUCACCGGGAGCUGCCGCUGUCCACCUGGAGUAAGUGGAGACUUGUGCCAGGAUGGCUGUCCUAAGGGCUUCUAUGGGAAGCAGUGCAAUAAGAAAUGUAAUUGUGCCAAUAACGGGCGCUGCCACCGGACCUAUGGAGCCUGUCUGUGUGAUCCAGGACUCUACGGACGCUUCUGCCACCUCCCGUGUCCGAAGUGGACCUUUGGCCCAGGCUGCUCUGAGGAGUGUCAUUGUGUCCAGCAGAACACUCUGGAGUGUCACCGUCGCCAUGGCACCUGUGUCUGUAAAUCUGGUUACCAGGGCAACACCUGCAAGGAAGAAUGCAACCCAGGCUCUUAUGGAGCUGGCUGUGAGAAGAAGUGCGCCUGUCCACCAGGAGUGUCGUGUGAUCAUGUGACUGGACAGUGCCAACGAAAAUGCCCUCCUGGUCGUCAUGGAGAGAAUUGUGAUCAGGACUGUCCAGAGGGAAGGUUUGGACCAGGCUGCGCACAUCCUUGUAACUGCACCAGCGCCCCAUGUGACCAAGUGACGGGACAAUGCAAGUGUCCGGCAGGGACGUCAGGAAAGCACUGUGAGAGCUUGUGUCCAGAGGGUUUCUGGGGUCGAGGCUGCACAGAAGCCUGCCCAGCUUGUGAGAACGGAGGCAUGUGUGAUAAACACAACGGGUCGUGUAGCUGUCCUCCAGGGUUCAUGGGAAGAUUCUGCCAGAACUCGUGCCUGAGUGGACGUUUCGGUCAAGGAUGCCAAAUGAAGUGUGUGUGUGAGAACAACGCUCGCUGUGACCCGGUGAGCGGGCGCUGUACCUGCGCCCCAGGCUGGACCGGACACAACUGCAGGAAAGCCUGUGAUGCCGGACACUGGGGGGCAGAUUGUGCAGAAACAUGCGAUUGUAGAAACGGAGACGGCAGCUGCGAUGCUGCGACGGGCCAGUGCAACUGUGAGGCUGGUUACACUGGAACACACUGCCAUCAGAAGUGCCCUGCAGGUAUGUUUGGUCUUGGUUGUCGCCAUCGGUGUCAGUGUGACAACAAGGCGUUGUGCGACCAUGUGAGCGGAGCUUGUACAUGCCUGGUGGGAUGGACUGGGACCUUCUGUGAAAAGUCAUGUCCUCAGGGUUUCUAUGGGCUGGACUGCCAGGAGAAGUGUUUGUGCCUAAACGGCGGGAGCUGUGAUCACGUCAGCGGGCUUUGUUCCUGUCCUGCCGGCUGGAUCGGACCGGUCUGUAACCUGACGUGCCCAACCGGUUCCUAUGGGGAAGGAUGUAACCAAACCUGUAGCUGCCGUAACGAUGGCAUCUGCCACCCGGUCAGUGGACGCUGUGCGUGCACGGCGGGCUGGACCGGACCCAACUGCACAGAAGAAUGCCCUGCAGGGUUUUAUGGAGCAGACUGUCGGCAGCGCUGCUUGUGUCAGAAUGGAGCCACCUGUAGUAAGACCAACGGAAAAUGUACUUGUGCCAGCGGAUGGAUGGGCACAGCCUGUGAACUGGAGUGUGUAGCGGGCCGGUUCGGUGCUGACUGCCAGCAUCAGUGUGAAUGUGAGAACGGCGGCCAGUGUGACAGACAGACCGGACGGUGCAGCUGCAGCGCCGGCUGGAUCGGACAGCGCUGUGAGAAAGCAUGUGAACCUGGCCUGUUCGGUGCCGGCUGUGAGGAAAGAUGCCAGUGUGCGCACGGGGCUUCAUGUCACCACGUCACUGGGGAGUGUCAGUGUCCUCCAGGGUGGAGAGGAAAACUCUGUGACAAAGCAUGUUUGCCAGGCAUGUAUGGAAAGGGCUGCAUGCAGCGCUGCAGCUGUGCUCAGGGCACGUCCUGCCACCACGUCUCUGGGGACUGCGGCUGUCCUCCUGGAUUCACAGGAAACGGCUGCGAACAGACUUGUCUUCCGGGAACCUUCGGACAGAACUGUAACCAGGUCUGCCAGUGCUCAGAGACAAACCAGCUCUGCCAUCCGGUGUCUGGAUCCUGUUACUGCGCUCCAGGAUUCCAUGGCCCCAGAUGUGACCAAAUUUGUGCAGAGGGUCGUUACGGUCAAAACUGUGAAGGAGAGUGCCAGUGUGACAAUGGAGGAAAGUGUGUCCCUUCCACUGGAGCCUGUGAAUGUCCAGCAGGAUUUAUAGGAGCGCGCUGCAACAUCACGUGUCCAGCUGGACGUUACGGAGUGGACUGUGCUCAGGCGGCGCUGUGUGGAGACGGAGCCCAGAAUGACCCGGUCACCGGUCGCUGCGUGUGCAUCCCUGGACGCAGAGGAGAGGACUGUGGACACAGCUGCCCUCCAGGCUGGUUUGGGGCAGACUGUGUCCAGCGCUGUAACUGCAGUAACGGAGGAGUGUGUGACACCGCAACCGGCAACUGUACCUGCGGCCUGGGCUGGACCGGCACACACUGCGACAAAGAAUGUCCUGCGGGCAGAUUUGGUGCCAACUGCCAGCUAAAAUGCAGCUGUCAGAAUAACGGCUCUUGUGACAGAGUGACGGGGACGUGUCAGUGUGGUCCAGGCUACUAUGGACAUCUGUGCGAACACGCCUGUCCUGCCGGUCUCCACGGCCUGCUGUGCCAGCUGCAGUGUGACUGCAUGAACGCGGCCUUGUGCCAUCCCGUGUCGGGCCAGUGCAUCUGUCCUGCAGGAUACCGCGGAGCUCGCUGUCACAGAGUGUGCGAACAGGGUACCUUUGGUCUUAGCUGUGCCAAGGCGUGUGACUGUGAGGACGACGCUCCGUGUGACCCCGUGACAGGAAGAUGCCUCUGCUCCUCAGGGAAGACUGGACCCAGAUGUGACACCGACUGCAGAGCGAAUCGUUACGGGCCAGACUGCGCAGAGACCUGCGAGUGUGAGAACGGGGCGCAGUGCAACAGACGGAACGGCCGCUGCAGCUGCCUGCACAGCUGGAUCGGACUCUCCUGUCAAGAAGGUGGACCCCCACACCUCACCGGCGGCAGCAGAGGAGACUCGCAGCACGACAACUCGUUAUAGCACCGCCGUCAAGCUGGAAAAGUCCAACUGAAACCGGGACGGAUCAGCUUUGUUUUGCUGAAGUGACUCGAGUGAGUGAGAGCUUGUGACAGGAAGUUGUAGCAGGCAGCUGGAAGACCUUCAUGGAAAAACAGACUCUCUGAUGAGAACUGCAGUUUCAUGUUUGGACCUGAGCUGGAUGAAAGUUUUUUUUUUUUUGUUCGUGCCAAAGUGUCCUUUGAGCUGUUGAAGCUCGUUUCAUCAGCCUGACCUCACUGGUACGCUGUGAUUUUGUCUGCGGUCACAGUGGAGCAUCAAACACCUUUUAGUCUUAAAAUCACUCCUCAGAAACUACACCUGCAGAGUGCAGCGUCGGGAGAUGGUGGAGGUGUUUACUGCACUUUUGGCAUUUUGUGUUUAAUAUUUUGUCCGAAUACCUUUUGCAGGUACUGUAUAUAAAAUAAUCUCUAAUUUUGUAAGGAACUAAGUGAUAUUGCUGGAUAUGAUGCAACCUUUUGAAACCAUAUUUCAUUACUUGCCAGCACCAUGAAGCUGUUUUUCACUCUCCACAAUAUGAAGUACUACCCUCAGUCCAGUGGUGCUAUGGUGCUUUACUGUACAAUGCAACAAAGACUAGAACGAUCCUCUAUCACAGUAAAGCACAUUCCUGUUGACUGAAUAUGCCUUAAAGGACAGCUGGAAUUUUACAGUUCACUAAGGAUUACAUUGCAAGCAUUCAUUUGCACCCUCUCCAAGGUUAAGUGUCUAAAUAUUUUCUUUUGAACUGAUUGUGUAUGAAUUGCUUCAUAUUUAUAUUUCACACAGUUAUAUACAAUUGAAUAUACAGCAAGUUUGACUGGAUAAACGAGACUUUGCAGCUCUGCUAAACCUACAGUCCAGUAAAACAACCCAGAGUGAGGUCUUACACAUGAAUGCCAAUAAA